GGCAUCUUUGAGAGAAUUACCUUAUCUUCUUAAUCAAACUUUACAAAUCUUUGUUUUGGAAUGCAACAGUUAGUUUGUGAUGAAUUUAUUGAAUUGGACUAAUUAUGAUUGGAUAUUGAUUUGUUUGUGUAAAAUUGGGCAUCAUGAGGGAGGAUUUAGAUGUCCCUGUGUGGUUAUUUUAGUUUCAUCGCAGGUUUUCAUUGUUUUUAUUGGGGAAAUUGAUCUUAGUAUAGAAAUAAUGGGAUAUGUUUCUGGAUGAUUGGAUCUUGCCUCUUUUGAGCUAAAUUUGGCAUCUUUGAGGGAAUCUAGAAAGCUAACUUCAUUCGGAUACUGUCCUUGUUUUUUGUGAUGCUGAAGUCUGCGUUCUCGCUGUUGGAUUCUUGGAUUUAUGGGUUUGGUUUCCUCGUGAUUGGAAUGAUGUGUUGUUUAGUUAAAUCGGGCAUCCUUGAGAAAGUUUAGAUGAUUAGUUGCAUUAGCCUGUUAUAUAACUUUGUGCUUACUUGUGAGUCCAAGAGAUUAUAGUGCAACUCUAUUGGUGUUUCUCAAAUCAUUCCUUUUGGCUGAUAAUUGAAGUGGGUCAGUUUAGUCUCCGUUUUGUUUGAUUUAUCUUAACCAAUUGAUAUUGGAGAUCCCUGAUUGAUUUCCUUAGAUUCUCGCUUUUAAUUUUUGGUGACUGAUAAGUUGCUGGAUGAUUGUUCUAAGGAUUGAUUUCUUAGAGAUUCCUUCUGUAAUCAUCUAAUGGCUAGUUAUGUCAUCUUCAUUAAUAAAAUUUACAGGUCUGUCUACGGACCUGUGUGAAGUUCUGGGUAACAAAAACUUGAUAAAUUGCUCCUACCAUUUUUCUUUUAACAUGAAAAUUUGCUGGUGGAUAAUAUCCUUCCGAGAUUAUUUUGGUUUGCGCCAUGAGUUUAAAGAGUGAAGUGAUUAAAGAAGUUGUUCAUUUAAAUUUAAUGUCUUGAUUUAGAUAUUUGCGCAAAGACUGUGCUGGUAUCGAUAGUAUGUUUGUGUGUUAUGGGUGCUUUACCAAAGAGUUCAUUAAUCAUUUGUUGCCACAUUGAAAGUCCAUGGUGUUUCCUUUCUUUUUGGCUUUUCUUCCAUGCCUUUCAUCUUUUAUCUCCACAUAAACAUGGUCAUGAGCAAUUUCAUAAGUGCGGUGUUUGCUUUUUUGGACUUAUACUACUAGUUUUUUGCUUAAUUGAUUAAUGGCUUUGUGUAAUCUCUUAUGCUUGGUUAUGGGACAAAGGUGAAAGGAAAAGCAACUAGUUCUUCAUCAAAGACAGUCACUAAGACGGUAACUAAGACAGCCACAGUUAGAGCCAAAGCACAAAAGAAAGUCUAUACUUUGCCUGGCCAGAAGCAUGAUCCUCCAGAAGAGAGAGAACCCUUGAGGAUAUUCUACGAAUCCUUGUCAAAGCAGAUUCCAACUAGCGAAAUGGCAGAAUUUUGGAUGAUGGAACAUGGGUUGUUAUCUCUUGAAAAAGCAAGGAAAGCCUACGAGAGAAAGCAAAAGAGGCAGCAGCAAAUCCGAACAGGCACUCCAGUCAAAUCUACGAAAAUGGAGAGGCCGGAGAGCUCAAAGAAAGCGCAGGUUUCAAAAAGUGUAGAUGUCAAGGCCAAGAAGAGAGUUAACUAUAGCGAUGAUGAUGAUGAUGAUUUCAUCGUAAAGCGCAAGAAAUGAAAGUCCUAAAAUAUGAUAUGAAGCUUAUAGAGUAGCUAGGUCCACCAAAGUGGAGCCUGCUGUUUCAGAUUCUAACUUGUAGUUCAAGUGUGGGGGCAAUAACGGCAAGGAUUAGGCAAAAUACUUGCAUCUUGUGCCAGAUAAGCUCCAGACAUUCUUUGUAUUCUCUUAUACAUAUACAAUAAACAAUAAUCAGUUUUAUACAAUAAACAGUCAGUUUGUUCUUGCCAUUUAAGUAACUUAAAUAUUUUCUCAAAUAAUUUAUUGAAGGAAUACUCAAA